AUGAAUUCCCUGAAGAACGGGAACCGCACUGCUCUGACAGGGUUCAUCCUAUUGGGCUUAACAGAUGAUCCAAUCCUUCGAGUCACCCUCUUCAUUAUCAUCCUAUGCAUCUACCUGGUAACCAUAUCUGGCAAUCUCGGCAUAAUUAUUCUUAUCAGAAUCUCUUCUCAGCUCCGUCAUCCUAUGUAUUUUUUUCUGAGUCACUUGGCUUUUGCUGACAUGGCCUAUUCAUCUUCUGUCACACCUAACAUGCUUGUAAACUUCCUGGUGGAGAGAAAUACAAUCUCCUACCUUGGAUGUGCCAUCCAGCUUGGUUCAGCAGCUUUCUUUGCGACAGUCGAAUGCUUCCUUUUGGCUGCCAUGACCUAUGACCACUUUGUGGCAAUUUGCAGCCCACUGCUUUAUUCAACCAAAAUGUCCACACAAGUCAGUGUCCAGCUAUUCUUAGUAGCUUACAUGGCUAGUUUUCUCAUUGCUGUCUCCUAUACUACUUCCUUCUAUUUUUUACUCUUCUGUGGACCAAAUCGAGUAAAUCAUUUUUUCUGUGAUUUUGCUCCCUUACUUGAACUCUCUUGUUCUGGUAUCAGUGUCUCCACAGUUGUUCUCUCAUUUUCUUCUGGCUCCGUCAUUAUGGUCACUAUGUGUGUCAUAGCCAUCUCCUACAUUUAUAUCCUCAUCACCAUCCUGAAGAUGCGCUCCACUGAGGGGUGCCACAAGGCCUUCUCCACCUGCACCUCCCACCUCACUGCAGUCACGUUCUAUGGGACCAUUAUAUUCAUUUAUGUGAUGCCCAAUUACUACUCAACUGACCAGAACAAGGUGGUGUCUGUGUUCUACACGGUGGUGAUUCCCAUGUUGAACCCCCUGAUCUACAGCCUCAGGAGCAAGGAGAUUAAGGGGGCUCUGAAGAGAGAGCUUGGUAGAAAAAUAUUAUCUUAA